AUGCCGAGACCGUCAAUACCUCCUCCCAUCUCCGCUAUGUCUCAGCCCGCGGCGGGACUGCCGACUGUCAAGCUUAGGGAGCGUCCUCUAAACAUGAUUGCACCAUUUGGUGCUGCCCACAAGAAACUGUCUGCAUGUUCAUCGUUAUCCUUGGCCAUACAGCUACAAUGCCCUCCUGAUGCAUUGGUACGGGCCAAAACCCGUCCCUUGGCAUUAUAUCUGUCUCAUCCUGCGACAGCAUCAGACGUUGUCCUGGGGUCUGAUGUAGGGGUACCAGUCCCUGGCCUUCAAGCGGGCGACAACCUCAACGGAGGUGUGCAGGCAGCUGAGGCCUGUCGGCCUCAGGCCUGCAUAGGCGAGGCAUUGGAAACUUGCAAGCGCCUUGUGGCUCUGCCCGCUCUGGCAAAAAGUCCGGAGUCUUACGUGGGACUAUUGAGUGAAGACGCUGAAUCCUUCCUCGUCCAUUCUAGCCCUCAGUGCACUCGUCCGUCCCCGGCGCCAAACUCUCAGGAUUCGGUAGUGGCCCACCCUUACUGCCGUUUAUCAAUUAGAUGGUCCAGCGAGUACACGGUCAAAGUCCCUCGACAACUACGAUCCAGGCGGACGAUGCCAUCUCAACCACGGCCUCUACUGGCGCAGUGGACUGUGUACAAUGCCGUGACGGCGACCCCUUCGACCCUGGUACCGCUCGACAUCCGCAAGCCAGGGCAGCGCGAUUUUAGCCAUCCCCGGCUAAACGCCGGGGUGGGCCUCACGCCAAGGGCGAAGGACGUGGCCUUCGACGCCAACGUAGAAACAAGCCGAGGGUGA